AUGCCCAUACCGAUGACCAUGAUGCCAGGCCACAGUGCCUACGAUGCCAGGCCACAGUGCCUACGAUGCCAGGCCACAGUGCCUACGAUGCCAGGCCCCAGUGCCUAUAUGAUGCCAGGCCCCAGUGCCUACGAUGCCAGGCCCCAGUGCCUAUAUGAUGCCGGGCCACCGAUUGCCCAUAUGAUGACCUAUGCCGAUGACCUAUGCCUAUGCCUAUGACGAUGAAAACCACAAAAAUAAUGAGAAUGAGAUCC